AGUCACGCGAGCUUCAGAACGGGAUCUUAGCUUCGCGUCUCGUCGUUCCGGCCGCCGCCGCCGCCGUCGCCAUCAUGGUGCGGAAGCUCAAGUUCCACGAGCAGAAGCUGCUGAAGCAGGUGGACUUCCUGAACUGGGAAGUGACCGACCACAACCUGCACGAGCUGCGCGUGCUGCGGCGGUACCGGCUGCAGCGGCGCGAGGAGUACACGCGCUACAACCAGCUGAGCCGCGCGGUGCGCGAGCUGGCGCGGCGGCUGCGCGACCUGCCCGAGCGCGACCCGUUCCGCGCACGCGCGUCGGCCGCGCUGCUGGGCAAGCUGUACGCGCUGGGCCUGGUGCCCACGCGCGGCUCGCUGCAGCUCUGCGACGCCGUCACCGCCUCCGCCUUCUGCCGCCGCCGCCUGCCCACCGUCCUGCUCAAGCUGCGCAUGGCCCAGCACCUGCAGGCCGCCGUGGCCUUCGUGGAGCAGGGCCACGUCCGCGUGGGCCCCGAGGUGGUCACCGACCCCGCCUUCCUCGUCACCCGCAGCAUGGAGGAUUUUGUCACCUGGGUCGACUCGUCCAAGAUCAAGCGGCACGUGCUGGAGUACAACGAGGAGCGCGACGAUUUCGAUCUGGACGCCUAGUGGGUCUCCCCGCUCCGACCUUCCUCUGUUCCCCUCCCUCCCCUGCCCACAGCCGCCUCUGACAGAUGGGUAAACUGAGGCCAGAGACGCUGAGUCUGCCGCUCUCCAAGGGUGUGUUCACCGAUCGUGGGGCCUCCCCUCACCACAGCUGCCUCUGACGUGGGGGACACCGAGGCCGGAGAUGCUGCGUCUGCCCUCCCCGAGAGUGUGUUCACUGAUGGUGAGGCCUCCCUCUCGCCUCAGCUGCCUUUGACAAAUGGGUAAACUGAGGCCAGAGACGCUGAGUCUGUCCUCCCCAAGACUGUUGAGCGUGGGACCUUCCUCUUGCCAUAACUACUAUUGACGGAACUGAGGCCGGACACGCUGAGUCUGCCCUCCACGAGUGUGUGUUCACCGAUCGUGGGUCCUCCUUCGCCACAGCUGCCUCUGACAGAUGGGGAAAUUGAGGGCAGAAACUGAGUCCUCGAAAGCGUUCACCGACCGUGGACCCAUUAGCAAAUGGGGAACCGAGACGAGAGCCGCUGAGAGAGUAUUAGUGAAUUGCAGCUCCUGAACUUCGAGCCACAGACCUCAAGUACUUGGGGGUAGGGAAUAUCGUCUCUGUUACCCAUGAGAUUUUCUUACAACUUGGACAACUAGAUUUAAAUGACCACCUUUGGGACACACUGGGAAACAGUUUGUACUGCAAAGUGGAUUUUUUUUUUUAACUUCUUGGGGCCAAAAUGGUGUAAAUAGCCCCUGCUCCCCCUCCUUUGUCGUUUUGAAUCAGGACUGUUUGGGGUUCAGUUUAUUUAAUUGGACACUUACUCCCUUCUGAGAUUCAGCUAUGUACAGUUGGCGAGUUUGGGCUUAAGUUUCCAUAAAACAAGUGGGGAGUUUAAUAUUCAAGGUCCUCUUCCUCUUAAGAAGCAAUGUUAUUUCCCCCCAAUAUCAAUAAAUGGCCAUAGUCUCUGCAA